GCGAGCCGGAGGCGCGGGCUGGGCGCACGUCGAGGGCUGCGGCCGCCGUGGCGGGGCACGACCACUGGCUGCGGGCCCGGGAUCGAGGCGGCUGGACCGAGGUCGAGCUGUCGGGAGGGCGGAGUCACAGGGCCUGCAAAGAUGCUGGCUGUCCCGGACAUGGGCCUGCAGGGGCUGUACAUCGGCUCCAGCCCCGAGCGGUCCCCUGUGCCCAGCCCACCUGGCUCCCCAAGAACCCAGGAAAGUUGUGGCAUUGCCCCACUCACACCCUCGCAGUCUCCAAAGCCCGAGGCCCGGGCCCCCCAGCAUGCUCCCUUCUCCGUGGUGGUGGCCAUCGACUUUGGCACCACCUCCAGUGGCUAUGCCUUCAGCUUUGCCAGUGAUCCUGAAGCCAUCCACAUGAUGAGGAAAUGGGAGGGCGGGGACCCAGGAGUGGCCCACCAGAAGACCCCCACCUGCCUGCUUUUGACCCCGGAGGGCGCCUUUCACAGUUUUGGCUACACCGCCCGCGAUUACUACCACGAUCUGGAUCCUGAGGAGGCGCGGGACUGGCUCUACUUCGAGAAGUUCAAGAUGAAGAUCCACAGCGCCACUGACCUCACCCUGAAGACCCAGCUAGAGGCUGUAAAUGGAAAGAAAAUGCCUGCCCUGGAGGUGUUCGCCCAUGCCCUGCGCUUCUUCAAGGAGCAUGCCCUUCAGGAGCUGAGGGAGCAGUGCCCAUCGCUGCCAGAGAAGGACACUGUGCGCUGGGUGUUGACGGUGCCCGCCAUCUGGAAACAGCCUGCCAAGCAGUUCAUGCGUGAGGCUGCCUACUUGGCUGGCCUGGUGUCCAGGGAGGAUGCAGAGCAACUCCUCAUCGCCCUGGAGCCAGAGGCUGCCUCUGUCUACUGCCGCAAGCUGCGUCUACACCAGCUCUUCGACCUAAGCAGCCGGGCUCCAGGCAGUGGACGCCUGGGUGAGCGCCGCUCCAUCGAUUCCAGCUUCCGGCAGGCCCGCGAGCAGCUGCGCCGGUCCCGCCACAGCCGCACGUUCCUGGUGGAGUCUGGCAUCGGAGAGCUGUGGGCAGAGAUGCAAGCAGGAGACCGCUACGUGGUGGCAGACUGCGGAGGAGGCACUGUGGACCUGACCGUGCACCAGCUGGAGCAGCCACAUGGCACCCUCAAGGAACUGUACAAGGCAUCUGGCGGCCCCUAUGGCGCGGUGGGCGUGGACCUGGCCUUUGAGCAGCUGCUGGGCCGCAUCUUCGGCGAGGACUUCAUCACCACCUUCAAAAGGCAAAGGCCGGCAGCCUGGGUGGAUCUGACCAUCGCCUUCGAGGCCCGCAAACGCACGGCGGGCCCGCACCGCGCAGGGGCGCUCAACAUCUCGCUGCCUUUCUCCUUCAUCGACUUCUACCGUAAACAGCGAGGCCACAACGUGGAGACAGCCCUGCGCCGGAGCAGCGUGAACUUCGUGAAGUGGUCCUCGCAGGGGAUGCUCAGGAUGUCUUGCGAGGCCAUGAACGAGCUCUUUCAGCCCACGGUCAGUGGGAUCAUCCAGCACAUAGAGGCGCUUCUGGCGCGGCCCGAGGUGCAGGGCGUGAAGCUGCUCUUCCUGGUGGGCGGCUUUGCGGAGUCGGCUGUGCUGCAGCACGCGGUGCAGGCGGCGCUGGGCGCCCGCGGCCUGCGCGUGGUCGUCCCGCACGACGUGGGCCUCACCAUCCUCAAGGGCGCGGUGCUGUUCGGGCAGGCGCCGGGCGUGGUGCGCGUGCGCCGCUCGCCGCUCACCUACGGCGUGGGCGUGCUCAACCGCUUCGUGGCCGGGCGCCACCCGCCCGAGAAACUGCUGGUACGCGACGGCCGCCGCUGGUGUACCGACGUCUUCGAGCGCUUCGUGGCCGCCGAGCAGUCGGUGGCCCUGGGCGAGGAGGUGCGGCGCAGCUACUGCCCGGCGCGGCCGGGCCAGCGGCGCGUGCUCAUCAACCUGUACUGCUGCGCCGCCGAGGACGCGCGCUUCAUCACCGACCCGGGCGUGCGCAAGUGCGGCGCGCUCAGCCUCGAGCUGGAGCCCUCCGACGGCGCGUCCCCCGGCCGCCGCGAGAUCCGUGCCGCCAUGCAGUUUGGCGACACCGAGAUCAAGGUCACCGCCGUCGACGUCAGCACCAAUCGCUCCGUGCGCGCCGCCAUUGACUUUCUUUCCCACUGAGGGCGCGGGCGCCGUGCCAGCCCCAUCCCCGCCCCGUGCCAGGCCCCGCCCUGUUGGGGUCGGGGGUGGGGUAGUGGGGGGAGUCUGGGGCGCCGGCUCGCGUGGACACAGCUGCUGGUUCUGAAGUCAGCGCCUCUUCCCCCGCCCUCCUGUCCGGGAAGAUGAGGUCGCAGGAUGGGUAGAGACAAACUCUCGCUUUGGAACUGGGCCCGGGUCGGCUGACUGGAAAGCCGAAGAGCGCUGCCAAGGGCUGAGAUCAGAGUCAGAAGAGGUUUGUAAGACGGUGCGCCCACAGGGGGCACGUGACCCCGAAGGCAGAAUGCGCCAGAAGACCAAGCCCUGGCCUGAACUGGGGGGGUGGGGCGGUGGGAAGUGGAGGCAGCUGGGAGAGGCAGAGCAGGGCCUCUGCAGGAGGGGCAGCAGGAGGACGGAGGAUGUGCAGCGCUUGGGCCUGAAGAGCCCAGUGCAUGGAUUGAUAGGCUCAGCCAGCACAGGGCGCUGGGCAGAGAGGCCCUAUGGCGCAGAAAAAUGGCUGGAGGCUGGCACAAGCAGCACAGGGGUACAGGACCUUCCCGGGUGUGGUACUGACCACCCAAGUAUGACUGUUAAUUUUUAAACUUUCUCAAUUAACAGGCUAAAGAGGAGGAUGCAGGAUGAAGGCACUUAUGAGAGGAUGUAGGGGGAGCUUGCUGGGGGGCCUUCCUUCAGGACAGAUAAUUCAUCUGAGAAGGCCCCAAGAGCAGCCCAUGAAUGACCCACAUGCACCCUAUCCCAGCCACCGAAGGGCAGUGGGGGUUGGGGGGGCUGUCGAGAGACAGAAGGAGAACUAAGGGCUGGUCCUGGUUCUGCCAUCAACUCACUAUGCCAUUGGAACAUUCCCUGCCCCCCCCCGACCUGCAACUGCCCCACCUGCCUGAGAACCCUAAGGUGACAAUAAAGCAUUUAUGCUU